AGCCCAGCAUAGGAACAGCGCACAGAGCGCAGAGUGGCAGUGCAGGUGAGGUGAAGGUCGCAGUUGUGUUCUCUGCCAGUCACAAUGGCUUGUCCAACGCGGUGGGGCAUCGUCAGUGCCGGCUUGAUUUCUUCUGACUUCGUGGCGUCCCUCAAAGCGCUGCCUGCAGACGAGCAUCGAGUGGUGGCGGUGGCAGCGCGAAGCAUUGACUCCGCCAAGGCGUUUGCUGCCAAGCAUGGAAUAGAGAAGAGCUAUGGGUCUUACUCAGAGCUGGCGGCGGAUCCCGAUAUCGAUGUGGUAUAUGUUGGCGUGGUGCACCCCAAACACCUUGAGGUGGCGUCACAAAUGCUGCGGAGUGGCAAGCCUGUGCUCUGCGAAAAACCCUUGUGCAUGAAUGUACGGGAGACUCAGAAGCUGCUGGACGUGGCCCGCGAGAACAAGGUCUUCCUGAUGGAGGCCAUCUGGUCGAGGUUCUUCCCGGUCUAUAAAGAGCUCGGGCGGCGCAUCAAAGCAGGCGAGAUUGGUGAUGUGGUGCAGGUGAUCGCGAGUUUCGGCAGGAACUUGCGGCACUUUGAAAGAGUGCAGAAGAAAGAUUUAGGAGGAGGAGUAACGCUGGACAUUGCUAUCUACCCCAUCCAGCUGACGAGCUUCGUGAUGGGCGGUGAGCGUCCCACCAAGAUCUUGGCUGGGGGACAUCUUAAUGCUCACGAAGUGGACGAGACGAUCAGUGCCACUCUGGUGUACUCCAAGGGACGCGUUGCCUCCAUCGCUGCUUCCACGAAAGUUGAUCUACCCUCGGAGGGUUUCAUCAUCGGCACAAAAGGAACUAUUAAGAUUCCUUUCCCCGUGUGGUGCCCUGAGCAUCUGGAAGGACCCUCGGGGAACUUCGAGGCGCUCCUUCCCAAAACUGGAGAAACGUUCAACUAUAAUAAUAGCCAGGGACUCAUGUACGAAGCGAUGGAGGUGCGUCGCUGCCUGAAGGAAGGACUUUUGGAGAGCCCUGGGGUGAGCCACGCUGAGUCCCUGACCAUUGCAACUAUCAUGGAGGCAGUGCGCACCCAGGUGGGCACCGUGUAUCUGCAAGACUUCCAGUAGAGAGGCCACUACAGCAGGUGAUACAGUCUGCCCAAGAAUCGUAUGCUGUAGAGCUCAUGUACGAAUAUCUGUCGAAUUCCCUUUUUCUUUAGUUGGGCAGGAAGCUUGGCAUGAUUUGGAGAAUAUUCAGGUCUUUUUCUGGCAAAUAUAGCGCAGGGAUUUAGUGUUGCUAAUGAAACAAGAACGUUUGUAGUAAUGUUUGCCUAGCUUUAAAGUCAUUGUUAAGCAUUAAGUGGUAAGCUGUCAUUGUCUGCCUCGUGAAAAAAGAAAGAAUAAAUGAAAUCUAAUGAAGAGUAA